AUGAUAUCGCGAAUUGCGAGACGCAGGCUGUUGUCCGCGGCCUCUCGGCGGGUCGGCGGCGGCAGAAGCACCGAAAGUGCAGGCUGGAACGCUAGAGCGGUGCAGAAGCGGUGGAUGACGCCUGCGCCGAAGCCCGGCGAUGGGCCUAUGAUGUCGAGGCGAGCCGAUCGCGAGCUUCCCGAUGUCGGCCAAGUCUCGCAGGGCUGGCGCCGCACAAUGCCCAUCUUCCUCGCCGUCGUGGCCGUAUGCUCCGUCACAAUCUUCAACUACCAAAAGUCCUCAUCGCCCAUAAUCUCGUCCACGCUCUACGCACUGCGCACCUCCCCCGAGGCGAACCGCCUCCUCGGCGACGAGAUCUACUUCAAGCACCAGAUCCCCUGGAUCAGCGGCGAGAUGAACCAGGUCAAGGGCCGCAUCGACAUCAGCUUCUCGGUGCGCGGAUCGAAAGCCGCAGGUGUCAUGCGCUUCGCGAGCUUUCGGCCCUCGAACAAGGCGCUGUUUGAGACGACUACAUGGAGUCUGACGAUGGAGGACGGGACGGUGGUGGAUUUGCUGGAUGGGAAUGAUCCGUUCAAGGGAUUGUUGGGAGAUGAUGAGGAUGAUGUGGUGCUGGUGGAUGAUGUGUCGACCAAAGGAUUUAGACAGCAG